UGACGAAGAGGGGAGACCGCAGUACCGGAUUUUCGCCUCAAAUAUAGAAAAGCGGUGUCGUCGACUGAAGUGUCGAAUCCCCUGUACGAUUCUGGAGUAUUGUGAAAGGAAGUUUGCUGCUCGAGCCUCUUGUAGUCGAGGCUUGGAAAACAGAGCCGCGGCACUGAGUCACUCCUCUUAUGAAACGUCGUUGUUCACCUGCAGAGACGAUGAGCUGCGUGAAGGAGGAAAACAGAAGUGUGUCACCCCUUUGUCCUAAACCCGACGAGCCCGAGGCACCACUAGGCACCGCCACGGAGACUGGACCUGGUGAUGAUUUCAGUGUGAAAUCCGAGAACAUGACCUCUGAAGUGGUCAUCACCAAGGAAAUGGAGGAAGAGGAACGCCACCUGAUGGAGCAGGGUGAAAAGAAGGAGAAGCAGAUGAUGGCUAAUGCCCGGGAGUCGUGGGAGAGAGAUUCUCGCGACAUGCGCUUCAAACGACUGCAGCACCUUCUCCAAAAGAGCAACAUCUACUCCAAGUUCCUGCUGACGAAGAUGGAGCAACAACAGAUGGAGGAGAAAAUCAAAAAGGAAAAAGCGGAAAAGAGCAUGAAGACGAACAGCAGUAAAGCUAAUGAUAAAGAGAAAAAGAAGCGGCGUCGGGAAGAUGACGACUAUAAAAUCUCAGAUGUCAUGUCUAAAGAGGAACUCAUCUCUCAGGCAAAGAAGGCCAAAGUGGAGGACAAGGGGGCAGUGCAGAGCAAGAAGAAACUGGAUGCAGACGACAUCGAGAAGAUGAGCGACUCCAAUGAAGACAUCAAGAACCGCCUGUCAGAGACAGUGCGGGACGCUGCCAAACAUCUGCUGCAUCCAGAGCGGAAGGUGAACGGCCAGCCCGUCCCGGCGCAGCAGCCGCUGCUCUUCACCGGCGGGGUCAUGCGGUGGUACCAGAUAGAGGGCAUUGAGUGGCUCAGGAUGCUGUGGGAGAACGGCAUCAACGGAAUCCUGGCAGAUGAGAUGGGACUCGGGAAGACCAUCCAGUGCAUCGCUCACAUUGCCAUGAUGAUCGAGAAGAAGGUCCUGGGUCCUUUUCUGGUGGUGGCCCCUCUGUCCACGCUGCCCAACUGGAUCAACGAGUUCAGGCGCUUCACUCCCGAGGUUUCAGUGCUGCUUUACCACGGCCCCCAGGCAGACCGAACCAAGCUCCUGAGGCAGCUGCGAGGACCCCAGGGUCCGCUCUCCAUGCUUCCUGUUGUGGUGACAUCCUUUGAGAUCGCCAUGAUCGACAGAAAAAUCCUCCAGCGUUACAAGUGGAACUACCUGAUCGUGGAUGAAGGUCACCGAAUCAAGAACCUGAACUGCCGUCUCGUGCGCGAGCUGAAGAUGAUGCCCACUGACAACAAGCUGCUGCUGACCGGCACGCCACUGCAGAACAACCUCGCUGAGCUGUGGUCGCUCCUCAACUUCCUCCUGCCUGAGGUGUUCGAUGACCUCAAGAGCUUCGAGUCAUGGUUUGACAUCGACACACUGGGCGAGGCUGAGAGCGUCGUCGCAGCUGAACGGGAACAGAACAUCCUCAGCAUGUUGCAUCAGAUUCUGACUCCGUUUUUACUGAGGAGGCUGAAGUCGGAUGUGACACUGGAGGUUCCACCCAAGAAAGAGAUCAUCGUCUACGCCCCUCUGACAGCCAAACAGGAAGCCAUGUACACCGCUGUGGUGAACAAAACCAUCGCCAAGUUGCUGGGAAAAGAGAAGGAGGAGGCGCCAGCUUUGUUGACGGCGAGCGGGAGACCAAAACGGCGCAAUCGCCGACAUGUGGACUACUCGGAAGACAAGACGGAAACACCUGAAGAUCUGGAGAGGUACCUGGAGAAGAUUCAGAAGGAGCUGGAGCAAAGCCCUGCUCCCGUGAGGGACAGUGAGGUUCUCCCUCUUUCUCAAAUCAACUUGAAGCAGCAGAACAUCCUCAUGCUCCUGAAGCGAUGUUGCAAUCACCCGUACCUGAUAGAGUACCCGCUGGACCCCGCCACUCUGGACUUCAAGAUCGACGAGCAGCUGGUGCAGAGCUCUGGAAAACUUCUCAUCCUGGACAGGCUGCUGCCCGAGCUCAAGAGGAGGGGCCACAAGGUUCUCAUCUUCAGUCAGAUGACGUCCAUCCUAGACAUCCUGAUGGACUACUGCUUCCUGCGAGGCUACCAGUACAGCAGACUGGAUGGCAGCAUGUCCUACGCCGACAGAGACGAGAACAUGACCAAGUUUUCCAAGGACCCUGAGGUGUUCCUCUUCCUGCUCAGCACCCGGGCCGGCGGUCUGGGGAUCAACCUGACGGUGGCCGACACCGUCAUCAUCUUCGACAGUGACUGGAACCCUCAGGCUGACCUGCAAGCUCAGGAUCGCUGUCACCGCAUCGGCCAGACCAAGCCUGUGGUGGUGUAUCGCCUGGUCACGGCCAACACCGUGGACCAGAAGAUUCUAGAAAGGGCGUCUGCCAAGAGGAAGCUGGAGCAGAUGGUCAUACACAAGAAUAAGUUCAAGGGAGCCAGAGCGGAACUGAACCAAGGUAAGAGCUGCAUCGACCUGGACGAGCUCAUGGACCUGCUGAAGUCUCGAGAUUCUGAGAGGGAGAUGAAGGCCUCCAAGGGCAAAGUGAUCAGCGACAAGGACCUGGAGCUGUUACUGGACCGCAGUGACUUGCUGGACAAAGAGCGGGGGAGGACCAGGAAAGGCAAAGUUGGUGUCUUCAGAGUGGUGGAAGCUGAGGACUCUUCAGAGAUCACGCUGAGCUGAAGGCCGCUCCAUGAAAGCCCUAGUUCUGGAACUGCUGUAAAAACAAAAAAAGUCCCUGCUGGUUAUAGUGUUCACAGAGAAUUGUUCCACUCCGUGUCUUCGUCUUUUGUGUCAAUAAAGUUCUACUACAUUUACUAGCACACAGUCUUUUCUCUUUACUGCCUGAUCAGAAUUUUGUUUUUUCUACUUUUCUGUUAGUGAAUCACGGUUCAUUUAUUCCAGCUCCUUGUCCAUCUCCUACUGGAU